AUUCCCCUUUAAAUACUUCGUUUCAUCUUCCCGGCACACAUACAUCGCAUUAUCCAACAAAAUUAAGACACUAACAUUCCUCCUUAAUCAUCCCAAAUUAAUGGCAUCCUCAUCCUUUUACAAAAUCGGACCUCCGGUUAAUGGCAACCUAAUCACUAUUCUGAGCAUUGAUGGAGGUGGCAUCCGGGGCAUCAUCCCUGCCAAGAUUCUUGAAUCCCUCGAAUCUGAACUCCAGAAAUUGGACGGGCAAGAUGCUCGGAUUGCGGAUUACUUCGACGUUAUUGCAGGAACAAGCACGGGAGGGCUGGUGACUGCCAUGUUGACGGCUCCUGAUGCUAAUAAUCGGCCACUGUAUGCUGCUAAAGACAUUGCUGCAUUUUACGUAAAGCAUGGCCCUAAGAUUUUCCCACACAAAGGGGGUGUGAUUGGAUCACUUGAAAGCAUGGUUGUCCAAUUAGGAAGACCCAAGUACAAAGGCAAAUACCUGCACAAAUUAAUAAGGGACAAUUUAGGACAAACUCGGUUGCAUGAUACCUUAACCAACGUUGUCAUUCCUACAUUUGACAUCAGGAAUUUGCAGCCUACUGUCUUCUCUUCUUAUGAGAUGAAGAAUAUGCCCUAUUUGGACGCCCUGUUAUCAGACAUAUGCAUCGGCACGUCCGCCGCGCCAACCUUUUUCCCAGCCCAUCAUUUCACAAACCCGGACGCCUCCGGCAAGUCUUGGGAUUUCAAUCUCAUUGACGGGGGCGUAGCUGCUAAUAACCCGACUUUGGUUGCAAUAAGUGAAGUAACCAAACAAGUGUUGAGAAACGACCCGGAUUUCUUCCCCAUUCAACCAAUGGACUACAACAGGCUGCUGGUCAUCUCACUGGGCACAGGAUCUGCAAAACAAGAACGCAAAUACACAGCAGAAAUGGCAGCAAAAUGGGGCCUGUUUGGAUGGUUGAUUCAAGGAAACAAUACCCCUAUACUAGAUGUCUUCAAUCAAGCUAGUAAAGACAUGGUCGACUAUUUCUUAUGCGUGAUUUUCCAAUCUCUUCAUUCUGAAGAUAAUUACCUUCGUAUUCAAGAUGACUCAUUGACUGGGGCGAACGCCUCCGUGGAUGUCACGACGAAGCAGAAUCUAAGCGAGCUGGCGAAAAUUGGAGAGAAUUUGUUGAAGGGUCCAAUAUCCAGGGUUAAUCUUCUAACAGGAAAUUCUGAGCCUAUUCCCAAUGGUGGCACCAACGAGGAUGCUUUGAAAAAGUUUGCAAAAUUACUGUCUGAUGAACGGAAGCUCCGACGCUCAAAAUCGCAGCAGCAGAACAACUAGCUAGUGAAGCUAUACAUGUAUAAUAUAAUUCAUUAAAUUUAUUCAUUCUUGGUUGACUUUCAGAGAAUAAUUAAUUCCUCCUGAUUGAGGGAUUGUUUGUUUUAAUUAUCUUCAGCUAGUUGUUUCUCUGUAUUUGCAUAUGAUUAUUCUUUUGUAAUAUAGAUCAUGAUAAUUAAUUGUUCUAUAGAAACUAAUCAUUUCAUUUAAAUUAUAUAUAGGUG